AUGUUGCUCCAAUCGUUCCAACCAAAAGGAAAGGUGGAAACAUGUACGAGAUUCUAUGGGCUCAGGUGCAAACCUCACGUUGGAUGGGAGGACUACACAAUAAAGAGGACUGAUUUGGAACGUCAAUGGAUGGCAGAAGGUUUUAUCAGUAAAGGACAUGGACAGGAUGUGGAGAAGGUUGCUGGAAAUUAUUUCAAUGAGCUUGUCAAUAGGAGCCUUAUCCAACCAGUACGAUUUGACGAUAGAGGGUCAGUGACACAUUGCAGAGUUCAUGAUAUGAUGCUCGAUCUUAUCUUGCUGAAGUCUGCAGAAGAGAGUUUUCUCACUGUAGUGGAUUACCCACAAGAAUUUGCAGGAUUGGAAUACAAGGUCCGCCGGCUGUCUAUCCGCUUGGACGGUGCAAGUUAUGGUCAAAAAAUAUUACAAGCGAGCUCUGAUGUGUCACAGGUUCGGUCAGUUAUGUUCUUUGGGAGCCCUGAUAGAUAUAAUUCGCCUCCUCUAUCAUGGUUCAAGUUCCUCCGAGUUCUUUUUGUCGACCUCCCCAGCAGUGCUGCAGUGGACCUCACUGGACUGUGUAAACUGUAUCAGCUGAGGUAUUUACGGACUAGUGUCAAUUGGCAAUUCCAACUACCAACACAGAUUAGAGUGCUACGACACUUGCAAACACUUGACGUGCCCAGGUAUGAUGAGAGUCUACCAUCAGAUAUAGUUCAUCUACCAUGCUUGAUGCAUCUGAAUACUAGUCAAAGGCUACCUGAUGGGAUUGGCAACAUAAAGUCCCUACGAUAUUUUUAUCUAUUUGAUAUUGCGCAAAACACGCUAGAUAAUAUCAAGGGCCUUGGGGAGCUGACCAAUCUAAGGUAUCUAUAUCUCUCCUCCCCCGCCCUUGGGGAUGAUGAUAAGCAGAAACGCAUGGAUGCCCUAUGCUCCUCCUUGGGAAGACUUUGUAACCUCGAGGAACUGGUUGUCAAUUUCCAGGGUUGCAUGGAUUGCAAUACAAGGUCCGCCGGCUGUCUAUCCGCCCUCUGCGCAAGAGAAUUUUUUCACUAUAGUGAACGACCCACAAGAUUUUGCAGGAUUGCAAUACAAGGUCCGCCGGCUGUCUAUCCGCUUUGAUGGUGCAACUGCAAGGAAGAAUGGUCAAACAAUAAUACCGAAGAACACUAGUGUGUCACAGGUUCGGUCAGUUAUGUUCUUUGGGAGCUCUGAGAAUACACCUCCUCUGUCAGAGUUCAAGUUCCUCCGAGUGUU